GAAUGGUGGGAAUCAGUGGAGUGGGAUGAUCCUAAUGCUAAGAACCUCCUUCAACCUUUCCUGAAAUAUCAUUGGUGGUGAUUGAGGUGUGAAGCAAAUAGAGGCAAACUGCAAAGGGAGUUGUUGACAAAUCGUUCCUUUCCAGAAAUCAAAGUCGCGUGCCACCUCAUGACACGUGCCAAUAAAAACCUCUUCCUCAAUUCGUCCCUUUUGUCCUCUCUCAGUGAAAACAAUUGGGUAUUCUAGAAGAGAAAACGGUAUGUCCGAGAUUGAAACCCUAGGUGGGUAUAUUCUAGAAGACAAAGAUGACCAGCCUUUGCUGGCUCACAAACUCCAACCAAGGUUGAAGCAGAAGAGGUGGUGAAAGUUGAAAGUGGAACUAUAAAGAAGGCUGACAAUAAAGCAGUGAUCAAUACUAGCAACAGGCCUCCGGCACCCAGCACCCAAGAAGUUUCCUGCAGUAGGAAGCACUACUCCUUAUGUGGGAAGGAAAGCAGGAGACAAGAAAGCAGGGAAAGUAAAGGAUUCCAAGCAAGGCAAUAUCUCAUCGUUCUUCCAGAGAGUUAAUUUCUGCAGAUUAGCAGGAUGAGGUUUCUACUUCUUCUUCCUAGCCAUAAUUCUUCAUUGGAUCUCGUUCUUCCUUUUGGUUUGACAAUUAUAGAUCUAGUUCUUCUUCAUCUACAAUGGGAGGCCUGAUUCUCUAUAUCAACACUGGUGGUGGCAGCCUAAUUCCUGUCAACUACUGAGGAGAUUCAGCGCAGAGAGCCCAGUUCAAGUCAAUGGUUUGUGUGAUGCAAUCUGUGAUUCCUAAGGAGAAGAAAUCCUUCCGUAGAAUUCCUCCCAUGAAGAUCUUUAAAGCUGAGGUAUCAGGAGUACAAUGCAUCAAUUGAGUACUACUGGGCUUCCUUCAUACUGGAGUCUAAUUCAUACCAUGCAACAUAUCAUACUGUGCUGAGAUGAUUGGUGAACCUUGCAGCCACAGCCAAACAUGGUAGGAGCUAGAAAGAAGUUGAUGUGUUGGUGUUUGAGUGGUGGAUGCAAAACGUAACAAACCUCAGAUCAAUGCUAUGUAAGUUUCUAGUUUUCGAUCCAAGGCUAUCUAUUCCAUCCAAAUUCUUUUGGUUUUUAUGAACCUUGCUGCCAUAGCCAAACACGGCAGGAGUUAGGAAAGAGCUAUGUGUUAGUGUUUGGAGCUAUGUCUGGUGGAUGUACAAGCAUAGUAAGCUUCAGAUCAAUGUUAUGUAAGUUUCUGGUUUUCGAUCGAAGGCUUUCUAUUUCAUCGACCAUCCAAAUUCUUCUGGGUUUUGUGCUCCAAGAGCAAGUUUUUUAUUUGAAGAUACAUUUUGGAAUCCAUCAUGUUAAUCUAACUUUCUUCCUGACUUCCAUUUUCCAUUUUUCUUAUCAGUUAUGGAACACCUGGGAUUGUUCAAGAAUAUAAUGUGACAACUACUUGCAAAUUGAGAAACCUAGGCAAAUUGGUAAGAAUCCAACAUCAGUGCUCUUUGUCCCCAACACACGUGGUAUGUUUCACUUGCUGUUUUCUAUUAAGAAACAUCCCAAAUCCCCAAAUUAUGAAGAUGAUGAUAAUAUAGGGAGCUAUCAAGCUGUUAUAAACCAUUUUUAUGAAU